UAAACCACGUGAAUUGUCUUUCCUUUUUACGAUUUGUGCCUCUAUUAAAUCGUAUUUAUUACAAAAUAUAGUUUUAAACUUUACAUAUUUGUUGGCCCACAUUGUAGUUUGUAUUAUUUCCUGAAACUUUUAACUAUGAAAACAAAAAAGAAAGCAGGAAGAAGAUUGAAACGAGAUUGGCGAAGAAAAAUCGACGUAACCGAUGUGGACACAUACUUGGAUAAUAAGAGACUCGAAGAACGCAUAGGGUAUAAAAUGCUUUGAUACCUACUCAUAAUAUAUUAUAUUAUAAUUAGGGUUAGGUAUAAAUUAUAUUAUACUAAUGUUUUAUUUUUUGUUUUAAAGGGUGUCUUUUACCGAGAAAAAAAAUGAAGAGCUGUUUCAUAUUGAUGUAAGCGGAAAGAAAAAAAAUAUCCUUAAACCCCCAAAAAAAUCCUUAGAUGCCCCUUUAAAAUGUUUAUCAAGUUUGCAAUCAACUUCUGCUAUUGUACCACUCGCUAAGAGGUAAUUUUAAAAUUAUGUAUAUGGUUUGAAUUUUAUAUUAAUAAUAUUGGUAAUUGGAAAGCGACACUGUAAAAAUUGACAAGGGUCAAAUAUAUUUCACUUAAAAAUUGCAAAUAUUAGUGGCUAAUUGCAGUUUAUUGACCUCGGAGCAAAUAACCUCCAUUUUAUGGUUAUAUAUUCUAAAGGCGUACCCUAGAAUUUUUAUGGAGGGGAGAGGUAGUUAAAUAUAUUAUUUUUAAAUUGUAAUAGUAUUUAUUUUUAAAUAUGUACAGAAAUUCGAAAGAAUACUUGUGCUCAAUUUUAUGCACUUGUUUAUAAAAUUACAUUUAUGUUAAUUUUUGCAUUUUGAGUUUUGAUUUAUUUACAGUGUUUUUAUCCAAGCAACAUAUUGUCACAUUCAAAUAGGAUUAAAAAAUGAUUAUAGACCAACCAGAUGAAGAAUUUUCUUUUUUUUGCCGACAGUUGGGCGCAUUAGUAUUUUUACCCGUGUGUGUGAUGUAGCUAAAGGAAUAAUGCAUUUGAAAAGUAUAAUGCCUGAAAAGGCUUCAUCAAUUUUAGAAUAUUAUAAUAAUACUCAUAUAACUGGUUUAUUUAAACAAAUUAAUUUGAUAUAAGACAAUUCCAUAUUCUUACAAAAUUGUCCAUCAUUAUUUCCAUCUCACAUUUGGAAUGUUAAUAAUAUAACAUUAAAUUAUGGUGAUCGGACCAAUAACCAAACGGAGGGGUGAAAUCAUGGGUUCUCAAAGUGGGCCAUUGCCAUCCUUCUAUGCGGAUAUUAAUUACAAAAAUCUGGUUGGAGGUGGCAAAUAAAGAAUCAAAAUUUUUCAAGAUUCACUGGGUACAUUACUAAAAUAAUAAAACAAAAAUCUAUGCAGUAUUACAGAAUAAACAGAAAACACGUGAAGAAUAUUUAAGUGGGCAAAAGAGAUAUACCAAAUUUUUUAUUACCUUAAACAUAUAAUAUAUGAUAUUUGUAAUAAUUUAUAAUAUUGACUUUAAUUGAUAAAUCUAAUGUUAGUGAUUUUUAAGUAAAAUGUAUUUGAUGCAUUUUACCCUUAUCAGAUUUUACCAUGACAUUUUUACUUGAUGUUUUUUCAAAUAUUUGAUAAUAUUACCUACAAUAUUAUAUUAGAUAAGUUUAUUGUAAAAAGUUAAUUAAAUUGUAAAUAUUGUUAUUUGUGUAUGUAGAAGUGUAAAAAAAAAUAAAAAGAACAAAAACAAGAGUGACGAAAAAUUUGAUAAAAACAUUAAACCACUUAAAAAAACUAUAAUUAAAAAAAAAGAUGCACAAAAAUUAAAUAAAAUCUUGAAAUCUAAAGUUAAAAUGUUGCAACUGAAAGAAAAUUCAACAAAUAAUGAUGUAUUCAAUAAGGAUUUAUGGUCAGGCUACAGAGGUAUGUUUUUGUUAAUUAAUAAACUUUUAAAUUGUAAAAUUAAAGUAUUUGAACUGUUUUUAAUAUUCAAACUGCCGCUCUACCAAUCACCCAAAUAUGUGACGUUAGACUGUUUAGGAUCAGUAGAAGUAGUGUUAGAAGACACUUACCUCAGUGGUAGAGCAAUAACCCUCAGACUUGAUAAGUGAUAAGUCAAAUAGAUUCAAGUUCGAUUCUUAGUACUGCCGCCAUAUUUUUAGCAUUAUUUUCUGGACGAGAAUAGUCGCAUCAAAAAUUUCUUCCCACAUAUGAAUAAUUGUUUUUUUUUUUUCUAAGAACUUGUAUCAUUAUUAUUACUAUCCUACAGAACCAGGACAACAUAAAGAAAAACUCAUUAAUAAUGUUAUUAAAUGGUUGCCAAGUGAAGUAUUAAAUCACAAUGCCAAAAUUCUUCCAAAACUAAGUGACAAAAAAAUGGUUCAUCCAAGCCAAAGGUUAUGCAAGGUAGAUGAUAUGAAAUGUCCACAUCCUGGUCUUUCGUAUAAUCCAACCAUAGAAGAUCAUGUUUCGUUGUUAGCUACAAUAGCUGAAAAAGAGACAGAGUUGAUAAAACACGAAGCUCAUGUCAACAGAGUUACACAGAGUUUAUUUAAACAAGUUUCAAAAGAGAAACAUGAAGUAAUAUUAAGUUAAAUGAUUUUAUACUUUAAUAGUAUACUUUUAAUAUUAUUUUUUUUUUAGCAAAUUAUAACUGAAGAAUUAACUGAAGGUUUGCCUGGUUUUUCAAAUGAUACUGUUGAUGUAGCAAAUGAAGACACUUCUGAGUUUAAAGCUAUUAAUCCACCGACUACAAGAGAUAAUCAAAAAUCAAUCAAAAAGCGCAAAAUCCAGAGACGAUUACGUAAUGAAGAAAGACAACGUAUAAAUGCAAAAGUUGAAAAGAAGAAAAUUUCAGAUCUAUAUAGGUACAUUCCAUGACAUUUAUAUGUCGAUAUACUAAACACUUACACUAUACACUGAUAAUGUGUAUUCAUUAUCUUAUUUUUAUUUAAUAUUUAGAUUGCGUUAUAUUAAUCAAGAAUUAGACGAAUUGGAAAAUUCAACUACUAAGAAAAAACUUAAAAGAUUACAAAAGAGGCAGAUAUCCAACAUAAGUACUAGACGUUUAGGAACCAACAAGUUUACAGAAUCUCAUGAUACGUUUACACUACCAAAAGAUUUAAAAGGUACACUAAGAGAAACUGAACCUCAAGGGAAUAUAUUCAAAGAUUGUUUUGAAAGUUUACAAAAGCGUAACAUUUUGUCAGUUGGCAAAAAACAACUCAAGUGAGUUAACAAAAAUUUUUCUCUCCCUAAAUUGUUGUAUUAAUAAUUUUUUAAUUUUUUAGACUUAACAAAAAGAAAAUUCAAUCGUUUAUGCAUCCUGCUUUUAAAAUUACACCAGACAUGUUAGCAGAGUAUAAUGUGUGAUAAACUGUUUGUAUUAAGAAAUAAUUGCAUAUGUAUGGGGUAUGCCAAUAAAUAGAAAUAAAUUCCAAAAACUCUGAUUUAUUAUUACUUUCAUAA